AUGCCUGGGCCGUUAUCAAGGUCGUCCGAUAACAAAUUCAACGGUCUGCGCGCCUUUUUUCCAAAGUCGAAAUCUCUACUCUUAUAUAUCAAUGAGGAAGCUUCCAUGAUGGGAGUUGCUCGCAGCUCUUCUUUGGGUGCUCAAUGUGCAUCAUGCCUUCAAGCCCAGCGACGCCGUUGCCUCCUGGCGCUAUCGCCACAGAGGGCCUUCUCGGUGUCGCCGCUUCGAAGAAACGAAAAAUCGAACCAUGGCCCUGAGAAUAGGGAGGAAGGGGCCAUGUCCCGCAGACUGUCAGAGAUGACAGAGGAUGCUCUUCUUCAAGGAGGACGAUCGGCGCGCAGGAAUAUACAGGAAGCGGGUUUCUCGGAAGGUUUGAAGCAGGAGCUGGAAGAGAAGAUCAAAGCCAGUACUUUUAAAAGCGAUAAUGCGGGGGCUUUCUCUAUAUUGAAUAUGCCGCGCAUUUCGCAGGCCAGCGCAGGAAAAGGCACUCGCGAGAAUGCAAUCGCAUCACCGUGGCGCGGGACUGAAAAUGUCGAAGAUACCACGCUCAGGAUGCUCGACGACUCGAAAAAGCCAAUGCGUGUCCCCUACCAAAUUCCAAAUCCAACAGCUCCCGUCAACGUGAAUCUACGGCCUGCGGCGAAAGUUCGCCACUCAACCGGCAGUCGUCUUGCCAGUGCCAGAGAUAAGACGCAAAUUUAUGCUCUCAGCCAGAGUACUGGCCUCUCAGACAAGGAGCGAGAGGAGGUUAAGAAGCAGCUUACUGCGCGCUUUGAAGCUGGUGCGCGACCGAUGCCGAUGUCAAUAAAUGGGCUGGCUUCACUGGCGAAUGAACGAAUCGAGGACGCUAUUGCGAAAGGGCAAUUUAAGAAUUUACCACGGGGGAAGGGCAAGCAUACAAAGACAGACCACAAUGCAAAUAGCGCUUUUAUCGAUACGACGGAGUAUUUCAUGAACAAGAUUAUCCAGAAGCAAGAGAUUGUUCCGCCGUGGAUAGAGAAGCAACAGGAUCUCGCUCGGGAGAUAGACCGCUUUCGACAGAGACUUCGGACAGAAUGGCGAAGACACGCAGCAAGGCUGAUUUCGAGUCAUGGGGGCUCAUUAGAGGACCAGCGGAGAAGGGCGCGAGGCUACGCUGCAGCAGAGGCACGGUUGAUACAAAGGAGAAAAGCAGAAUUUUCCAUUGCGUCCUCUAACGCAGAAGAUGCUAUCUUGAGCAGCCUUUCUCAAAUCAGCCACGAUGGCCGAAUUUCCAGUGGAUUUGCACAACCUUCUGUCGGUGUUGUAUCAAAUACAGCUCCAAUGAAAGCCGAAGCCGAAGCCGCCAAACCUCCCGAGUCCUUGUCUUAUGCAGAUGAAUCACUCCCACAUUUACCUCCACUUCGUGACCCGGAAUACAUGACUAAUGAAAGCGGCUGGCACAAAUUACAAGUUAAAGCUAUCAACGAUCUCACGCGGUCAUACAACCUCCAGGCGCCCCAGCUGGCACAGAAACCGUACUUGAAUCUCGAGCGCGAGUUGAAUGCAUGUUACGCAGAUGUGGCACCCUCACUGGCAGACGAGAUUACUACGCGGGCAACGGGACGGGUUGGGACUCGGCAGGUGACGAGCACCAAACGCCAAAGCCUCGGUGGUCUUGUAGAGGAUAUGCUGCAGACAAAUCAGCGAGUACGACUGUACGAAGAGGACCGGUCUAAAGCUUAUGGUUUCAAAGAACUCUGGAGAGACAUUUGGAAAAGAGGGGAGAAGAAGAUGACCUAA